GUUCCCUAUCACUGCUAUCGGAGGCGACAACAAAUAGCGCUGCGCCCUAUCCGGCAUGUCCACCUCGGCCGCCGCCGCCGCCGCCGGCCCCGCGCCGCCCCCCGACGACUCGGACGACGCCCCCAUCUCCCUCCCCCCCCCACAGACCUCCGCGCUCCUCUCCUCCUUCGCCGCCUUCCUCACCAUCGCCCUGCACACGCUCCUCCGCCACCGCCGCCUCUACCCACCCGAAACCUUCCUCCUCGCCACCGCUUACAACCUCCCCGCCUACCAGUCGAGGCACCCGGACGUCUGCGCCUGGGUCCGCGACGCCGUCGCCGCCGUCUUGCCCCAGCUCCGCCGCGGCGCCGUCCGCACCGUCGCCCUCGUCGUGCACCACCCCGACGACCUCGCCGUCGCCGAGCGCUGGGUCUUUGACCUCUCGGGCUUUCCGCGCGAGGACCUCGACGACCAGGGCCGUGGUGCUGAUGGUGGUGGUGGUGGUGCCGUCGGGGGAGGAGGAGGAGGGGGUUGGAACAGGAAGGGCAGGGGUGGUGUCGGCGCGGCCGCGGCGGAGGAGCGGAGGAGGAGGAGGAUGGUGAUGUUGUAUCGCGGCAUGGGUGGCGAUGAUGAUGAUGACGGUGCCGUCAACUGGACGGACGUCAACGAGGCCUUCAGGGGUGCCUUGCGAAGGAUAGCCUACGCGGCGGAGACGAACCCCCCGCCUCCCGAAGGCAGCACUUUUACUCUCGCCAUCGAGCUGCACGACGAGGCUCCUGCCCCGAUCGAGGUUUGUCAAUUCAAAUCCCCCCUCCUUAGGUUCCGUAUCCCUUCCAUCAGGGCCACCGAGGCAACAGUAGCUCACGCGCAAUAAACAGCAUCCCCAGCUCUGGAUUCCCUCGCAGCCUGACCUUCAGCCCCCCACACUGAGUAACCCCUUCACAGGGUCUGCUCUUGGCGGCGCCUCCACCACGCCCAUCCGCGCCGUCCAGGCAGGUCCACUCUUCUUCGAGUGCCGGUACGAACAGGGCAAAGAGAAGAAGCCGACAUCAACGCAGGACAGCGAUGCUGUAGAAGACGAUUCGCAGUUCUCAAUGUAUCGCUGAAAGAGCUAUGGAUGACGAGGUAAGAAGCCUAGUAGGGAGAGUGCACCAUUUCGUAGCAUAGCGUGGCGUAUGGGUACUGUAGUCUGUACUUGCGACUCGAUUCCAAG